UGAAGUCAUUAGCAAAUUACCCCUCAUUUGUACUUCUUUCUUGUGAAAUGGUGAACUUUUGCAUGGUGCUGGGAUGUUCAAGCAGGACAAGGAAAGGACAAGCAGUUAGUUUUCAUCGCCUACCAAUAAGAGAUUUGGAGCGUUGCAAACAGUGGCUACAGGCUAUCAAUCAUCCGAAUUUUGGAGAAGACACAGCCAUGGAAGGCAUACAACUGAAGAAGGUUUGCAGCUUCCAUUUCAAGCCGGAAUAUUUCGUAUUAAAUGUCCUGGGAACGAAGAGAGGAGCUCUUUUGAACACCGCAAUUCCGUCAAUAUUUACCGUUCCAUAUGACGAUGAACAGCCCGGCAUGUCUACAACUAGCAGCGCUAAACGCAUGUGCCUGGAGACUCUAACAACGUCUGCUGCAGCUUUGUUCUCGUCGUCAGAAGAUGAGGAAGACCAGUCAGCGCCAAUGAAGAAUCCUCCCUCUGGCAGAGCACAGUUUUCACCAGGCCUCGAUACCAGUGCCAGUAGCCUUGCAGUUGGUCAAACCGACGAAAGCUAUCGGUCUGAAUCAACCCUCACCCCCACAUCGGCGUCGUCAUCAGAGGAUGAAGGUGUAAAGGACUGGCUUGAAAAGAAGAUUAUUGUCAAUGAAUCCAGCUUCAUGUCAUUAUUCAAAUUUUGCCAGAUGUGUGGGAAACCGAUUUCAUCGAAGACCAUCUUUGAUUCUGGGGCACAGAGGAGGGUGAAAUGGAUGUGUCUUGGGGGCCAUUCUGGGACCUGGACAUCUUCACCUGACGUAAGAGGAAUGCCAGAGGUUAAUCUCCUUUCAGCUGCAGCUGUUCUGUUCAGGGGCGGCACAUACACGGAACUCUCAGACUGGUGCCAAACCAUGGGACUCCAAAUGAUUGGAACAACUACGUUUUAUAACAUUCAGAAGGCGUACUUGCACCCUGCUAUUGAGAACGUGUAUAGGGAGAAAAGAACAGAACUCUUGGCAAGAGUUUAUUUGGAACAGGAAGAUGGGAAGAGGCCACAUUUGGCAGGUGAUGGCCGAUGUGACUCGCCAGGCUUCAAUGCAAAAUACUGCCACUACACCUUUAUGUUGGACGACACAAAGGAGAUACUCCACACAGAACUGGUGCAGCCUCGCUGA